AUGUGUGACUCAUAUCUGGAAGGCCAUGGUUUGGAACAUGCACCGCUACAGUUAAUAGAUACAGGUCGUAGGUUUGGUGUUGUUCCCAUCACCGAUAAAGAGAUAUAUUGGUUUUUUUUACUUUCAUCUACAUCACAAACAUCAUAUUGCGACUUGUCCACCGGAGACCCUAAGGUGAUACAGGAAAAUGUGUUACAGCGGGUGGCGAAUUUCCCUCAAAUUGUCCAUGAUGUGAUUCGUUGCUCUGAUAUGACCACUUUAACAUGGGCACCAAUGAAGUUCAGAUAUCCAUGGGAUAUAAUAAUCGGACGUGUUUCCAGAGGGACAGUAACUGUCGCAGGUGAUGCAUUGCACCCAAUGACACCGGAUUUAGCCCAAGGCGGUUGUGCAGUAUUGGAAGAUGCUGUUAUACUGGGGCGUCAUAUAGGGAAUUCUUAUAUUAGAAAUGGAAGAAAAUUAUGUAACAAGAACUUAGAGACAGAAAUUGAAAUGUAUGUGAAAGAGAGGAGGUGGAGAGUUGCUAGUUUGGUUAGUGCAUCAUAUUUUUCUGGGUGGGUGGAACAAGGAGGAUCAGGUGAAGCUGGAUGGUUUGUAUCAGAAUUCCAUGAUUAUGAUGAUGGUCAUUGCCGUUCUCUCAACCUGGGGUUGUAG